GUGUGCGCGCGCGCUCGUGCUCGUGCUGAUCGCCUGCUGUCCUGUACCGCAGUUAUAUCGCAAGAUGAAGUGGGGGAAUGCAGUAGCUGAUAUAUAAUCUCAUAUUGUAAUCUCGUGUAAAUACUCCAUGGAUUACGAUUUGAUCGUGUUCAAAUGAAUUUGACCCGUCAUUGCCGUGUCUCAGAUACCACAUGAUGUUCGUCAAUGAGCGCAGGAGCAUCUCCUGGGCCCCUGAGGACACUUCCAGGCUGAGCUUCUCUUAAAGGGGCAAUGUCAACCACCUAUUCCUGAAUAAUCCUGUGAUAAUCAAGAACCCAAACCAAAAAUUGCAUCCAAACCAAGACAAUAUCUACUGCCUCAUCUCAGUUCAAACAUGUACUUCAAUAGGCUUCACACUAACAAAAGCCUAAGGCCUCCAAACUCAAGAGAGCAUAUGACGGAAAUGCAUAGAAAAAGUGUACGGGAACAGGAGGGGUCACAGGAGAGGAAGACAGCGAAAAUAAUACAUACUGAAAAGACAAUGCAAGUACAAGAGACAGAACCAGAUGUUGUUGUGGAACAGGGAGAUGAUUUAGGAUGUGGGGAUGAGUUGGCACAGGGAAUUGAUUUAGAUUUAGAUGAAGGUGAGACAUUUAAGUCAGAGGACGAGGAAGAGUCGAUGGACCUUCUCUCUGAUUCAUGCAGUAAGAGAGACGUGGACGAUAAUAUAGAGACAGAGGAGAUUGAAGUAGAGUACACUGGGAAGAUAGAAUGGAGACCGACUAAAAAUGGUGUAUCAACGUCACAUAAAAGCUCUAGUGAUGUUCAUUUGGCUUCUAAUGCAGUUUAUGGACGCAAAUUCCUGUAUGAUGAAAUUUGCAUGAAUAAAACUUUCAUUGAAGCAUUUUACCCAAAUGGUAUAGUUCCGGGCAGAAUGUUUUCAAGUGAAGAAGACAUAGAUGGGAUGUUCCCUGAUAUUUGUGAUGCAGGCGAGGCGUUAGCAGACAAAGAUGGACUUUCUGAAUGUGACCUUUUUGAACAAACAGAACCUCUCCAAAUAGCAGAGACAGAGGACAGUGCCAAUGAAGAAAUUAUGAUGCUUACGAUGGAGGAGGGAUUGAACGCCUCUGAUUUGUCUUCAACGUCCAUUGAGGAAGAUGAUGAAAUACAGUUAGAAAAAGAGCAAAUGGAAGAAAAAGGAAACCAUUAUUUAUCAGACGAAAGCACAUCUCAGGAUCUUUCAGCUGCUAUUGACUCUCCAGACUGUCCAUCAUCAAACAGUGGAGGUGAAACUCUCCUUGAGUCUGAUCUGACUUCUUUUUCAAAUGAUGAUUCUUCUUCAUCACAGCCGUUUUUUGUCUCUGCCUCUGAAUUGGUCUCAGAUGAUGAUGUAGCAGAUGCAAAUCACAACUACUGUAGCGAAUAUGUGGUUAAGCAAGAUGAAACCAUGUCUGCCACCUUAAAUCUUGAUGCCAUCAAUGCCCUUUCACUCAUUCAAGAGAAACCUGAAAGCCAAAGCCAAAGUUUACAACAAAAUCAAGAAGAUGAGAGCAUUGAGGAAGAAGAAGAAGAAGAAGCCAUUGCAAGUGACAACUUGAGUAGAUCUGAGGGAACAGAACUUACAGUAGAUCAUGUGUAUGAAGAAACAGAGCCAAAAAUCCAAGCCAUAAGCUUCCUUCAGAACAGGAAGUACUUUAUGACUCGCUCUAUAUCUGUGGAAACCCCCAGUAAGAGAGUUGACCUAAUGAGUAGCCCUUCAACAGGAAAUAGGCGGCUUCUGCUACACCCAGGCUCCUUGUAUACAGAUCAGUGUUUCCUUGAAGAUAGUAGACCUGCGUUGACAGGCUCAUUAGGAUGUCUUUCACAAGGCACCUCAAACUUCGCUAAAGUCACACGAGUUGAUAUACCACCUCCUUUUGAAUUGGCAUCCAUCACAAAGCGACCAAUCAGAAAAAGCUCUCCAUCCCUCCCAAACGAAAUCUCAGCUACUUGCAAGAAGCCUGAUUUUGGCUUCAAGCGAUACCUUCUGCCAUUGCGAUUCCUUAGGAAAUCAGAUCGUAAAAGCGUGAUUGAUAAUCGUUCAAUCUCCUCCAGGUCGUCGUCCGAGUCAAGUCCGCAAGGGUCAAUCAAACGUUUGGAUUUUAUCAGGCAUAACAUGGGCAGCCCAGAGUUGCAAAGGACUCCAGAUGGCACGCCACCUAUGUCCCCUUCUUCCUUUGUCUUCCAAAAAAAUAGACAAAAACAGGGAUUAAACUUCACACUUAAUAAUGAUUUGGCUUCUAGCACCAUUUCUAUGGAGCUAGGCUCCCUUUUUGAGCCCAUUGCCUUUUCCAAACCUCGAUCUUUUUCAUCGCCCAAUACAGACUCUUCGGAUUACGAGAAUGUUCAAAAUGCCGCUUCUCACUAUGAGAAUGUGCAGAUUCGCCUACUGAAUCCAGUCAUUCAGAGUCAACGAAAUCAAAGUUCAGCCAGUGAUACUGAUGGUUAUGUGGAUAUGAGCAGUCUGCCAGGCUUCCAGGGCAAAAGUCAGCCAUCUGAGCAAGAAACAGACAGUCUCUACACUUUCUGUUCUCCUAAUGUGAGGCAAGAUGGAACAGUAGGUGUGUCUGUGGGUGUGGCUUGUACAAAAGAGAAUAAGACCAAAGCAUCUGACAAACUGACUGUCAGCUGUUCCAGGGCUUUCUAUAGUGCCAAAGAGCUUCUGGAUAGUGAGGCCCAGCAUGUUAAGACUUUACAGCUUCUCUGUGAGUCAGUUGAAGCCGAUGAAAGGCUGAUGACAGUGUGGACAGAGGUACCUGAUAUUUAUACUCUCCACCAAAAUAUCCACACAUUACUGGAGACUCGCUUAAAAGAAUGGGAUCAGAAUGAAGGUAUUGCUGAAAUUAUCCUGGCAAAGAAGACAGACUUUUCCAUUUUCUCUUCUUACAUCAGUCAUUAUGAUGAAAAAUUGAAUUAUCUGGAACACAUACAAAGCACACUACCAGAUGCAGUGACCCUGAAAAAGCAGUUGCUACAGGUCAUUGUGCGAAUCCUGCAAUACCGUAUGCUGCUUACAGACUACCUGAAUAACCUCUCACCAGACUCCAGAGAGUAUGAAAAUACACAAGACGCUUUGGUUGUGGUCUCAGAUGUUGCUCAUCAUGUUAAUGACAGCCUUAAGAAUGGAGUGGAUCUUCUGCGUUUGGUCCAUAUUGAACACAGUGUUCUGGGUCUGACAGAUCUCCUACAACCUGGGAGAGUGUUUGUGAAAGAGGGCACCUUAAUGAAGGUCAGCAGAAAGUGCAAGCAACCACGUCACCUUUUCUUGAUGAAUGACAUAAUGCUGUACACAUAUCCUCAGCAAGAUGGCAAAUACAGGCUCAUCAACAGAUUACCAUUGGCAGGGAUGGAGGUCAGCAAGCCUCCUAUAGAAAAUGCUCAGAGUGCAUUGAAGAUAGACGUGAAAGAUAUAAGCAUCACUUUGUCUGCCAACUCCGGCAUUGAAAGAGACAGCUGGUUUGUUACACUGAAUCGGACAUUAGUGAAUCUCGGCCCCAUAUCAGGAGUGGACUGUUUUGGGUUAUUGGACGGUCCAGAGAUGUGUCUUGGCGAGAAUGCUCCUCCUCUGCUGUCUGUUUCCCAGGUGACAGUUUGCAUGAACUGUCACUCACAUUUCAGCCUCACAAACAGACGACAUCACUGCCAUGCAUGCGGCAAGGUUGUCUGCAGAGAUUGUUGCAGGAACAAAUUCCCCCUCAAGUACAUGAAGAAUCGACGUGCCAAAGUGUGUGAUCAUUGUUACGCUGAGCUGCGUAAGCAUGAUGUUGCCACAAUAUCAGAGAGCCCCAGUCGACCUCUCUCUUCGGUCUUCCAAAACAUUCAUCCGUCGAGUCUGUGGAAGAGCCGCAAAGGCCAAAUGUCUUUCAACCAGGAGACGGUGUCCGAGGGGGUGAUGAGUGGAACCCUGCAGAGGUGCAGAAACAGCAAGAGAAGUUGGAGAAGCCUGUGGUUCCUCCUAAAAGAUAAAGUUCUCUACACAUACCCACAACCUGAGGAGAGGGUUGCAUGCGAGACCCUUCCUCUGUUGGGGUUCUCUGUGAGGUCAGAGGCUGAAGGGGAGAGCAGCAUGUUUCAGCUGUACCACAAAAGCACUCUCUUCUAUACUUUCAGAGCCCAGGACAGUCACACAGCACAGAGUACUGCCCUUCAAAAGCCACAGAAGAUAGUUACAUGUUUCCCAGAAGACAAAAUAAGUGGGUGAAUGCUAUGGAAGAGGCUACAGUCCUGUAGCAUCAGCCAUCCUGCUUUUGUCUUCUCAUAUGGGCAAUUAAAUCUGUUAUUGAUCAUUCGGGAGCAAUGCAUUUUCACGUCACAUUCAAAAAAUACCACCCAGUGUGACUGGGAGCGUAAUCAACCAUCGCUACGCUAACGUGACGCAACAGACGUAUUUUUGGAACGCCAAGGGAACAAAACGCUCACACUCAGACAUUUAUUUUGUGCCAAAUACUUCUUGCAAAGACCCCGUUGAGCCAUGGACACACUUUAAAAGGCACACAGUAGCACUUCCAGCUGUCAUUUAGAAAAGAACAUUUUAGAACCAGCAAGAUGUUGCUUAAUUUAACCAUUAUACAAUGAUAUAUUAUGCAAUACUCCAGAGCACUGAAAUAUAAUAGGACAAUUUCUAUAUAUGGGAACUUUGAGUCCAUUAUGUUCAUUUGGUGCCAUUUGCUUGAUGGAUUAUAUUUCCUUGCAUACUGCUGUCAGUCAUUUGGACAAUGACUUCUACAAGCAAAUUAGUAUUUAGCAACUGAGCUGGUAUUCUCGUUGCACUUGAUGAUGUAAUGUUUAAUUUACUUGCCUUGUGUCUGAACUUGCCAUGUUAUAAUUACAAUAUGAGGGCUUGAUGUAUAUUAAAACAGGAAUGUUUAAGUAGUUUGUAAGAAGGAUCAAUUGUCACUAUAUCAUUUGAGUAAACUUUACUUGAGCUAUUGUGUCCACUUUGGGUUUUCAAACCUCACUAGUGUCUCAGCUUCCUAUUUUACCCUUCUUUGUGUGUGAAAAGUCAUAUCUCUAAUGUGGUUAUGCAAAUAAGGUUACCUAUAAGGUUGACCACUGUUGAAAUAAAACCAUUAACAAUAUAGUAGUCAGUGCUAUAAGGGUUCCCUUUGUGGUUAAUUUCAAUUCAGUUAUGUUUUAUUUAAAUGCAUUUCAAGAUGCAACUCAUUCGAAUACUGUACGAACUUUAGCAUAAACCAAUAGUUUAUAAUUAGCUCUGUAACUUUUUUCUGAACCCCUCAACGUUUUUUAAGUUUUAUUUUCAACGACAGCCAGGUUGAGUCCACAGAGAGUGAAUUUUAGAGAUGUGAUUCUGUGAUUAAGUAUCUUCAACUCCGUAAU